ACGUAGGUCAAGUUACGAUACUCCGCUCCUCACGGCACGGCGCGUUCAGUUCGCGGGGAGCGCUCGUGCGGUGCGCAUUGUUGUCCCGUGUUCCCCUAGAUGAUCGAUCACGUGGUGGACACUGCGCCGAGUUCCGCACGCGAUUCCGUCGCGAAGACGCGCCGCCGUCGUGGGGAAGGGAUUAGAUGUGCGCGUCGACGCCGCGAUGGACAACCCUAGCGGCGGACGAGACGGUCGGUACGCGAGCCUCGGCUACAGCAUGGGGAUGAUCGGGAGCGAUGCUGGCACGGAAAUCUACGGCCGACCGUCCACCUCCCAGCUCGCGGCGGCGGCGGCGGCGGCGGCGGCCGCUUCGCAGAUAGGCCGCGGCGGCGCCACCAUGAUGUCGGCCGCGGGCGCCGCGACGCCAGGCGUCGGCCCCCCGGUGCAGCGGGGCAUCAAGCGCAGCACGUCCGACGUCUGCUACGGCGACGACGUGGGUGGCAACCCGGCGGCGCGGCAGCAGCAGCAGCAGCAGCAGCAGCAGCAGUCGCUCUCGCAGGGCAUGUCGGCCGGCGGCAUGCCCGGCGACUGCGUCCCCGACAACCUCGACGAGUCCUUCACGAGCCUGGGCCAGCCGAAGAAGUCGCCCCCGUCCAACGGCAAGAAGACCAAGGGCCGGGUCAAGAUUAAGAUGGAGUACAUCGACAAUAAGCUCAGGAGGUACACCACGUUCUCCAAGAGGAAGACCGGCAUCAUGAAGAAGGUUCGUAUCGUGCCGCGCACCGGCUUUCCCGCUCUCUUUCUAGCGCGACGCAACUCGGAGCGCGCUCCGCGAGAGGAAGAGAGGGAGAGAGAGCGCCCGCGUGCGCGUUCAACUCCGCGAAAACAGUACGCGACGUGCGCGAGGUUUCUCGCGCGUUUUCUCCCCGACGACGGGAUGCUGCGCGACGGCUCCCCCCGGGCGCCUGCGCGCUCGCUCGCGAUUUACGAGAAAAAUGGUAUCGUGUGCCGUUUGGCUUUAGAUACAGAAUUGAUCCUCUCGAGAUUCGGCGAAGAAAAGUUGUAUUCGAGCGAAAUUCUUUCGGAAAAGUUCCAUGUUACGUGCCCAGGUUCCAUGUUACGUGCCAAGGUGUUUGCACCGGUCUUUAAAGUAAGGCAACUGGUGUACGGCUCGCCGCACGGUGGCUCGCUGCACGCCGGCUAUCCUGGUACCGGGCCCGGUAGCGGGCCAGCGGGCGGCCCGACCGUGGCCCAUCCGCCGCCGCCGCCACCGCCGCCGCCGGGCUCGCAGCACGCGCCACCCUCGCACGCGCAGCACGCGCACCUCAUAGCGCAUGCACACGCGGCGGCGGCGGCGGCGGCCGCCGCCGCCUCGCCGAGCUCGCACCUCGUGCCGUGCUCGAGCCCGGGCCCGAUGCUCGCCGGCGGCCCGUACCAGCAAUCAUGCCCCUCGCCCCUGCCGCCCCAUCACGCCGCCUACCAUCCCCACAUGUCGCACUCGCACCCCCAACGGUAGUACGCGCUCGCCGCUCGUCGGCCCCUCGCGCUCCGUCCCCCGUUCCCGCCGCACGCGACGUUCUGACACGUUUCAACGAUCGGCGGAGGAGGCGCACCGCAAAUCUAAGCGUGCCACUUUUCUACACGUGGAGGAAAGUCCUUUGUUAUGCGACAAGUUGCUUAAUAUGGGACAGCGGGGUUUCGGUUCAAUUAACAAGCGUCGUCCGUUGGUCCAAGUGAAAUCUGUUCAGUGGAAAAUUCAUCGUCGCGAGAAAAGAUUUCUGAUUGAAAACCCGCUAUCUCACAUUAGAAGCCUAUCUCGCGAUAGGGAACCUUCCUCCAUACGUGUAAUUUUUGCACGCUUCUCUCCGUUCAAAAUCGCGACGCGUGACUUCUCUUUAAACAGAAAUGCGUAAAAUGACGCGGGUCUGGUCGUACCGUUGCGUGUGAAAAGUGCUUCACCAGAUUACACAUACGUGUGAAAAUACACACUUAGAUUUGCAGUGCGCUAGAGAUCGCGACGCCGGCGUUGCUGAGGCGCGUCUCGUUGCCGCGAGUCCGAAUGUACUCGGAAGAGAAAGAGAGAGAGAGGAGAUUAAUCUCGAUAGAACGACGCGAGCAAUAACGAUUGUUACAAAUUUGUGCAAUUUAUAUUAUGUGUAGAAGGAACGACGGUCGUCGCGGUUAUGCCGUGAGACACGGCACGCGUAGAGAGAGAAAGAGAGAAAGGCUUUGCGGGUCGAGAGGCCCCAAAGGCUCGUCAACAAAUCGCCGUUUAAUUGUUCGCGCAUUUGACAUUUUUUCAACGCACGCUUCAACGUCCGCAGACUUUUGCUGCGUGUCUCGUCCAUUUUUCACAAAUUGACUCCGUUCUACCCGUGAAACACGGCGUACAACUAUUUCGGCGUACGCCGACGCGAGGCCGCGUGCGCGCGCGCGGCUUUUAGAUACCGAAAUAAUUUCUACUUCGGGCAUCGCGCGUGCACCACUGACGUAAUUUCCCUUUAGACGUUGUAUCGCGCCGGCGGGCGCGCCGCGGAGUCACGUAUGGUAUUUAUUGAAUCAUGUACGACGGACGCGCGAAACGGGGAGCUCGCAGGGGGGCGAUCCUCCCCCCUGCGAUCGGGUGUUCUUUGUUUUGGCCGUACAUGACUACGGCCGGACACGCGCGCGCGCGCAAAUCUAGUCCAAUCUCCCGAUUUUACUUAAAUAUACGCACUCAAAUAUAUCUAUACAUACAUGUGUGUAUUGUACACCGGUGAAUCUCGAUCAGGUGUCGCGCGCGAAAGGGUUGGUAAGGGCGCGUGGUAUCGCCGAAUCGCGAAGAAUAGAGAACGAUCUGAGACGAAUGCACAGCGUAGGAGCGCGAGUUCUGUCGGCGUCCAGGAGCCCACGGGAAUGGUUCGUGAGAUUCGGAUCGGACGAGUGUCGGGUGAAUCGCUGUGGUAUGGCCAGGGCCACAAAGCUCAGCUUAGGUGAAACAAAGUAGAGUAGUGUGCGUCGACGAGAGUCACCGUGCAAUAGAGACAUUGCGAGGAAACAGAGAGUAUCGUUAUGGAUUAAUGGAUUAAUUAAUUAAUUAUAUCUGUAGAUCUUAGUUACGUAACGUAGCGUCGUGUGAUCAAUUGCUCGGUGAGGACAAUCAUGGAUAAUCGAGUAUAGUUUAGCACUCGUUCGUCCAACAGCUCUCUCCGUUUUCUUUUUCGUAAUUCUCUCCUCUUUUUUUUUUAUUUGUUUACUCUUCUAAUUUAAAGCAAAUCGCGUAUUAUUUAUUGAGGCGGUCGAUAUUUUUUAUUUAUUAUACAUAGAGGCAAAAGAGCACACCGGUUGGGCACGCAUUGCCGUUAUUGUAAGCCCGACGUUUGUCGCAAUGUUGGCGUUCUUUUUUGGUAUCGUGUAUCUUACGACUUUAAGCGUUGUCGAAAAUACUCCCCCUCCGUGUCUCUCUGCGAGAGAGAUCGGACGCACUUAAUUUAUCUCCGUUGGUAUUGUCGAAGAUGCAAAGAUCCCCCGUCAGGCGAACUGAUAUUUAGACUCACCAAACCGCGGUGGUGUGAGUGCGAAUUCGGCGGUGCACGCUUAAUACUGUUACGCAUUCCCCCUUCCCUUUUUUUUUACCGAGCAUCGUUGUGCCUCGUCCAUUGGUUCUUUUUGUUUUUGUUUUUAUUGUUUGCUGUGUAACGUGUUGUGUACUGGCAUGUGUAGCUAUCUGGAUUGUCUUUUCUCGCAGAAUAAGUAGCUAGUAUU